AUGAGUAUGGUUACGUUUGUAACUAUUGCUACAUGCUCAAAUCAGAUUGUGUACCCGCUUGAAGCAUUAGAAAAAAUAAACGAAAGUGCUUCCAUCAUCACUGAAACUCGUUCUAAUCGUCGAUUCUUCCGGAACGCUGGAGACGACCCACUCACCAAAUCCCUCGAACAGCUUCAAAUGGUUUCUCGUAUCACCAAUGCUAUCUACCUUCAACAUGGCCUCAUCACCGGAUCCAUUCCGACCAAUGAAUUGAUAUCUGAAUUGUUCCAUCUUGGCUCCAUUCUUCCAUCCGACAUCCAUUCGAUCGAUGCCACAAAAGUUCAAGGAGCAAUCACUGCGUUGAAGGAGCUGCCAUCGAAACUUCAGCCGGCUACAAUUAUUCAAAAUAUUGAGGGGUCGUUUGUUGCGUUGAAGACGAUUCUGGAAGUGAUCGAGGGAAUGGGAGAUAUAAGAGAGUGGAAGGAGGAGAAGACGAAGUUCAAAGCUGGAAUUCAGAAGUUGGCGGAUUCUGGAGUGGAGGUGACGGAUGUUUCAAAUAUCAAGGGAGCGGCAACUUCGUGGGUCUCGAUGAGUGCAGAAAUGACAACAGCCAAUCCCACUCAAGGAAAAAGUCUACUGGAACUUUUAGCACCAAAAUUGGAAGUGAUCAAUAAUGCAUCAAAUACUCUAAACGUUGCAAAUCUCUAUUCUUCACCAACAACUCCUGGAUUGACACCUAUUGUGAUGGCUGACGCUGGAGUAGUCAAAUAUACGGAUCACGCUACUAAAGCUUUGGUCUCUGAAAAAAAAGCAGGAGUGUAUUUGAACUAUUUCAAAACCAUCCAAAACGAGACUAAGCCAGUGAAAGACGCAAGCCAGGAAGUCAGAUUAAUUCGGGACCUUCUGAAAUCUCGUCUGGCAAAACAUCAGUCUCUCAACUACACGGCAGGAUUUCCUGACGGUUCGAUUGAAAUUCCAGUUGUCCAUCGUGAUUUGAAGUUUGCUUGGAUCAGACAAAUAGUGAAUACGGACAGUCUUGCGGUUGCAUUGAGUGAGCUGAAGACGUUGGAGCCAUCGACAUCUAAGAUUGAAGGGAUUUUGGUAUCUAAAGAAGUUGUCGACAGUGCCAGAACAAUGUUUACGUUCAUUGAGGAACUCGAAACUGUUGAAUCGAGAUCAAGAGAGUUCCAGGCAGAAAUGGUUGGCACUUAUGCAUGUACUGAAAAACGGCCAUCAAAUCCAGACCAGCCGGAUUUUGCGGAAGUACAAGUUCUGUUGGAUUAUUUGAAGAAGGUGGAUGAAAUGAUAGCGGAGUUGAAGAAUAAAACGGAACUUCUCAAAGAAUAUCUGAAGAAUCCGGAAAUUGGUGAAUGGUGUGCAGAGGUCAUUGAGAUAUGUAAGGAGGCUGGAACCAAUCCGAAUAUCCAGGAAAUCGUCAAUAAGUUCAAAGAUUAUGGACACCGGGAGAGCUUGACAAAGCACAUGGAAAACAUCCAAUCACUCGCUCAAGAAGUAGUCAAUGUUCAGAAAGUAACAACUAUCCAAAACGUGUCAAAAGACGCGGUGGCUAAAUUCAAUGAUCUAGAUGCCUAUCAUAACAGUGUUGGCCAUUAUGCUGAGUAUUUCGAUUGUCUGCAGAAAAAGGAUCUGGAUAGAGUAUUUGAAAUGGUGGAGUCGCUGAAAGGGAUACGGUCAAGACAUGGAGAUCAAAAAUUUGCGGAUUCGAUGGAUAGCGGCAUGAAGACGGUUAAUGCAUUGAAUGGACUGGCUGGAAGUUUCAAGGAGAUGGAGAAUGCAAUGGUGGCUCAAAAAGGAUUCAGAAGUAAAGAGACUGGGGCGUUGGGGCUUCUGAAGAACGGACAGCAACACUCGAUGACAAUUGGGAGAGCCGUGGAAGGAGUGUGGAAUAUGAAGAAGGCGUUGGAUAGAAGAUCGGAGGUGAAGUUGGAUAUUGGAGUCAUUCAGAAGUAUCGGAGCGUGUUGGUGAACGAUUCUGGAGAUUUGAAGAAUCUCGACUUGCUGGAGAAGAUUCCGAAGGAGAUUCUGGAGAUGUAUGGUCACCUCGACAAGUUUCAGAAGACUGUGCAAUUCUCGAAUGACACGAUUCUGGCCAAUCAUUCUUCUAUUUUUGAGAACGCCAAGAUGGUCACAGGGCUUACUGAUUUCGAUACCUCAAGUCUGAUGUCCACACUGGGAAAGCUGAAACAACACGUGAAGGAUUCAGAAGAUGUCAAGAAGCUGGAGAAGGUUGAAGCCGACCUGAAACUUUUAGAGUCCCUGGGUCUCAACUUUGCAAGUGGAUACAAGAAAAGUUUCGAAGAAUCUGAGAACACCCUGAAAGCAUUGGACUCGUUUUUCCUCAGCUAUGCCAAACAGAUGUCAGCGACUCCGGCGCCACCAAAACUUGUGACCAAACCAACAGCCUCAAACCAGAAAGGGAAGAUGCCAGAAGUGGUGACUGUUACAGUUGAGAAGAAGGUUGAGUCGGAUGAGUCCAUGCCUUUGUACUUCUGGUUGCUCAUCGGCAUAGCCAUAGUAAUCACCGUCGUCGGUUGCUUUUUUGGGGCAAAGAAAUGCUGGAAAUGCAUGACAACCAUCGAACCGGUUGGCUGGUAUCUGGACUUCUCGUUUAAAACGUUGAAGAGCUUUUUGAGAACGCUGAAUCAAGCUUUCGUCGCGUACAGAAGCAGAAAUCGAUCGGACUAUAGCAACUUGGAAACGUUCUAUGGUUAUUUUGAGGAGACAUGUGCAAUUGAUACGGCAGCGUGUUAUCCUUUUAGAGACACCGAACUUGUUGAUAUGAGGAGACAGUGCAGAUUCAACACCCCGCUCCCGAAAAUUUCUUAUAUAGAAUUGUAUGGAUAUGGUGAGACAGGAGAUCGUUUACACCAGAGUUUCCUCCAAUUGCCCAAUCAACGUCAGUGUAAAAUAACGCAAGGACCGAUGAGAUCAGCGGAACGCCGUAUUGAGACAAGAAGCAAGUUCUGGUGGUCAGUCAGACAAUCGGAUGCUAACGAAAUUGUUCAGCUUUGUCCGUGGAUCAACAGCAACGGUGAAGUCCAAGCGGAGAGUUAUUUUCCGGAAGAGGAAGGGCAAGUCAUGGAAAUUCGAAACAAGAACAUACGGCUGCAAUGUAUCAAAAAGACAAUAUAUGAACGUGAUAGUGAUCUUGAGAUUCGUACAAUUCGUGUUGUGAUGCCAAAUAGAAAAAAGCCCCGGAGGAAUGAUGUCUUCGACGUAACCCACUACUUUUAUAAAGGAUGGCGUGAUGACGACGACGUACCGAGCAAUGUGGACACGAUUCUUCAUAUCAUUUAUAUGUUGGAGAAGAAAGAGAAAAAAGUUAUUGUCAAGAACACUCUGAUGGUGGUUUGUGGGAAUGGAGUCGCUCGAUCAGGACCUUUUACUUUUAUCAUGCAUGCUAUUCAAUCGAUGAAAAUGCGCGAAGAACCGAGUCUCCAGAGUACGAUGAAAGCAAUUCAUCAAGCUCGACCGUAUCCAAUCUCCAACGGCCGUCUCUACGGAUUUUGUGUUUAUGCAAUUGCGAAGUAUGUAAAUGAGUACUGUAAAGGAGAGGAGGACUCUUUCGAUUGGGAAGAAGAGGCUAUUUAUAAUGAUCUGGUAGCUGGAUAUAAUGGAUGGCGAGAGGGUAGAGAUGCUGUCGCAAAUCGUGGACAACACUGA